UUUUUUUUAUAAAUAGCAUAAAUAGUGUGUGUGUAACAUCGAACUUGACUUGUCAAAUCGUACUCGUGUCAUUUUAAUCCAACAUAAAAAACAGUAACAUAUUUAUAUCUUCAUUCAUUGUUAUUUGUUUCAAAAAAAAAUAAAUAAACAAUGGAAACAUAUGAGAGUGUAUUACUUGUGAAAUCAGAAGUAUUUGUAUUUAAAAUACCACCAAGACCAGCAAAUAGAGGACAUCGAGCUGCUGAUUGGAAUCUUCAAGAGCCUUCAUGGACUGGUCGAAUGCGUCUUGUAUCAAAAGGUGAUUCAAUAUCAUUAAAACUUGAAGACAAAAUAACAGGUGAAUUAUUUGCUGAAUGUCCAAUUGAACAGUAUCCAGGUCUUGCUGUUGAACCAGUUACAGAUUCAUCACGUUAUUUUGUUUUACGAAUUCAAGAUAAUAAUGGUCGUUCAGCAUUUAUUGGUGUUGGUUUUCUUGAUAGAUCAGAUAGUUUUGAUUUAAAUGUUUCACUUCAAGAUCAUUUUAAAUGGUUAAAAAAUCGUGAUCAAAUUGAAAAAGAAAAAGAACAACCAAAACAAGAACUUGAUUUAAGGUUUAAAGAAGGAGAAACAAUUAAGAUUAAUAUGAAAAUAACUAAAAAAGAUGGUAGUGAAGUAUCAUCAAAAAAUAAACGUCCACAAGUUGGUCUUGGAUUACCACCACCUCCAGGUGGUGUUAAAAUUGCUCCACCACCACCAAAAACACCAACAUCAUCACCAGCUCAUAAACCAACUCAAUCUGGUUCUGAAUGGGGUGAAUUUGCAAGUGCAUCACAAAAUCAACAAGAUACACAAAAUACAACAUCACCUGGAUCAGCAGCAACAAAUGCUAGCUGGGUACAAUUUUAAAUAUGCAUGAUUUACAAUUUAUAUUAUUUAACAAAUGAAAAAAAAAAUAGGUUUUCUUUCUUUGUUUAAAUAUAUUUGUUGAUGAAAUAUUUAUCCUGUAAAUUAGACACGCAGUUGCGUACUUGCACACUGAAAUUAAAACAAAUAACAAAAAUAAAUAAAAAACAAGGCACUCUGUUUGCAUUCGUAAUGGGCACAAUAAUAAUCUCAAAUAUAAAUUGUGCUUGUCCCAAUAUUAAUCUCAACCAAAAAUGAAAAAUAAAUAUUAAGUAAAAAGAAAAAAAAAAAAG